AUGACCCCAGAAGGCCAGGAGAAAGAGCCCAAAGGGUCACCAGAAGGAUCCAGAAGGAACCCAGAAGGCCUCCAGAAGGAUCCAGAAGGCCUCCAGAAGGAAUCCAGAAGCAUACAAGCUUACAGUUGCAGUCCUUCGUUAACAGCAGCAAUGGUUAGAUGGCUAAAACGUGGCAGCUGCAGCAGCCGCAGCAGUGACACAGAUGAAGGAAAUCAAACAGGUGCAGAGAAAAAGAAGACAGAUCUUCCUAAAUACCAGCAGUACAAGGAAGAUUAUGUGCUUUUGGGAUUUACUGCUACGAAUUCUGAUCCUCUGGAAGCUUUGUGCUUCUUUUGUGGGGAGAGACUGGCCAACAGCAGCAUGAAACCAGCUCACCUCCAGCGUCACCUGAAAACAAAACAUCAGUGUCCUGUUGGUAAACCAGUAGAAUUUUUCAAAAGAAAGCUCUCAUAUCUUCAGUGCUCCCAAAAAGUAUUUCAGAAAGCCACCACAACUUCAGGUAAGGCUCUGAAAGCAUCUUUAGCUGUAUCUUUAUUAAUUGCUAGAGCCAAAAAGCCAUUCAGUGUUGCUGAAGAACUUAUUUUUCCAGCUGCAGGAAUGAUGGCUGAAAUAAUGCUGGAUAAAAAGACAGCUGACCAACUAAAAGCAGUUCCUUUGUCACAUCAAACUGUCUCUCGCAGGCUAAGUGAAAUGAGUGCAGAUAUUACGGAUCAGGUUGUGAAUAAGCUGAAAGCAAGCCAGUCAUUUGCACUCCAAGUUGACGAAUCCACUGACUUCAGUGGGCAGGCUCAUCUUGUCUCCUUUGUGAGAUAUAUCGAUGAAGAUGAUAUCAAAGAACACAUACUAUUUUGCAAAAAAAUAGAAGAGUACACAACAGGGGAGGCUAUUUUCAAUGUUAUUAAUCAAUUCUUCUCUGAACAAGAACUUAGCUGGAAAUCUUGCUUGAGUAUGUGUACAGAUGCUGCUGCAUCCAUGACCGGGAAGGUGAAGGGCCUAGUGGCAAGGUUUAAGAAGGUAAAUCCUGAUGUGGGAGUGGACUCACUGCAUCAUUCACAGAGAAUCAUUAGCGUCAAAGAAAAUGAGGUCACAGUUGCACAGAAUUCUCAAUGA